AUGGCACGAGAUGAGAUAGCCCAGAGAUGGGACCACACACAAAUCAGCGAUCAGGAUUUUUCCUACAGGUGGACCAUCAGCAACUUUCCUUUUAUUGCUGAGGAAAUGCUGGAAAGCAUUACAAGCCCAACUUUCUCAAUAGGAGCCAAUGACAAUUGGUGUUUGAGAGUACACCUGAAUGGAGUCGAUGAAGAAAGUGCAGAUUACCUGUCAGUUUACCUAGUGUUGCUCAGCUGUCCAAAGAAUCAUGUUUGGGCAAAGUUCAAGUUCUGGAUCAUAAGUGCUGAAGGAGAGAAAACCAAAGCCAAGAAGAGCCCAAGAGCCUAUAGGUUCAUGCCAGACAAGGGCAGGGGUUACAAAAAGUUUAUUCUUCGAGAUUUUCUCUUGUCCCAUGCAUUUUGGCUCCUGCCAGAUGACCAGCUCACCCUCGUCUGCAAGGUGAGCGUGGCCCAGGUCUCUUUGAGCCUCUCUGACCAGAACAGGAAGCCGGGAAUUCUGGUGCCCAGAUGCACAUUGGCAGAUGAGUUAGAAGAGCUGUGGAAGAAUUCCCAGUUCACAGACUGCUGCCUAGUGGUAGCUGGCCAGGAAUUCUGGGCUCACAAGGCCAUCUUAGCAGCUCGCUCACCAGUUUUCAGAGCCAUGUUUCAACAUGACAUGGAGGAGAGCAGAAAGAAUCGCGUUGAGAUCCCCGACCUGGAGCCGCAAGUCUUCAAGGCAAUGAUGGACUUCAUUUACACAGGAACAGCACCAGACCUGGACAGCAUGGCAGAUGUUCUGCUGGCAGCUAGAUUGACACAGUCCAAUGGACAUCAGGUGGAAUUUCUCCAACAGCUUUUGGGAGCUGAUACUGACAUCCACAGCCAAUUAUUAAGCGGAACUCAGUGA